AUGGCCGAUACUGAGGAUGCCGGUGCUUCGUCCGUCUCGGAGCCUUUGGAUCUGGUGCGCCUCUCGCUCGACGAAAUUGUGUUUGUGAAGCUUCGCGGCGAUCGCGAGCUCAAGGGCCGCCUACACGCCUAUGAUAGCCAUUGCAACCUCGUUCUGGGUGAUGUCGAGGAGACCAUCUACGUGGUCGAGGAGGAUGAGAAUGAAGAGGAGACCAUUCGCGUAUGA